CUAGUGAUCCAUUUUCCGAACUGAGCUUACUUCUUUUUCAUAUAAGAAAAACAAAACAAAAAAACUGAGCUUAUUUCUUUAGCACACCCUCUCUCUCUCCCUUGUUCUUUGACCACGUAUCAGAAAUGGACCAGAUGCAGCACAAGUAUGUAACAGUCCAAGGCCUGAAGCUCCACGUCGCCGACAUCGGAACAGGUCCAAACGUGGUCGUGUUCCUGCAUGGCUUCCCGGAGAUAUGGUACUCCUGGCGCCACCAGAUGAUCGCCGUAGCCAACGCCGGGUUCCGGGCCAUCGCGCCCGACUACCGCGGUUACGGACUCUCUGACCCUCCACCCGAACCCGAGAAGACCUCCUCCAGUGACCUCAUCAAUGACCUCCUUGGAAUUCUUGAUGCUCUGGCUGUUCCUAAGGUUUUCCUUGUCGGAAAAGAUUUUGGAGCUCGGCCGGCAUACUUGUUCGCCCUUCUGCACCCAGAAAAGGUGUUGGGAGUUGUAACAAUAGGACUUCCAUACAGGCCACCAUCAACUCGUUCCCCAUAUGAUAAAGAUCUCCCUGAAGGUUUCUACAUCAACAGAUGGCGGGAACCUGGCAGGGCUGAAGCUGAUUUUGGACGCUUUGAUGCAAAAACAGUUGUUCGAAAUGUUUACAUCCUUUUCUCAAGAAGUGAACUACCAAUAGCUGCCAAGAACCAGGAGAUCAUGGACUUGGUGGACUCGUCUACACCUCUUCCCCCUUGGUUUACCGAGGAAGAUCUUGAAGUGUAUGGAAAGUUGUAUGAAAAAUCAGGUUUCCGAACUGCCUUGCAAAUGCCUUAUAGGAAAUCCAUAGAUGACUUGGCGGGUGCAACCGACUCAAUCGUUAGAGUUCCGGUGUUGUUUAUAAUGGGAAACGAGGAUUAUGUGUUGAAAUUUCCAGGGUUAGAACAUUACAUAAACAUUGGAAAGUUGAAAGAGUUUGUCCCUGAUUUGGAGAUUGUAUCUCUGCCCGAAGGCACACACUUUGUUCAAGAACAAUCACCUGAACAGAUUAAUGAGCUCAUCCUCACAUUUCUCCAAAAGCACAUUUGAUCACUCAUGCUUGUAUGCCAGAGACGAAGCUUAUAUAAGGUUGCCGAGAGAUUGUGUAUUGUAAAAGUGUGAAUGUAGUGUUUUGAAUCCAAUAAGGACCAUAUUAUGAAUCUCCUACUCUUGUUAUGGCAUGUAAUUUGUCUCAAACAGUGAAUAAAGGCAACACUGAUUUUGG